AUGGCAUCAACAGCCUUAAUGGCUUGCCUUGGAGAUUUCAUAUGUUAAAAAAUGGAGAAAUAAUGGAAUAAAGAAAAGACAUUCGACUAUAUAAGAAGUGGUAGAUUCUUUUUCUUCAAUUUUUUACUCAAUGGACCUUGGCUUUAUAUGCUUUAUACUCACGUCAUACCUCGUAUAGGUAGAGAUGUAUCGAUGCGCACAGUGUUUAAAAAGAUUCUAUUCACAUCAUUUUUUCUAUCAUUUGGUUCUCAUGGCGCAUUCUUCUUCUUAAUGUCACUAUUGGAGGGCCAUUCUGUAGAAUAUUCGAUUGAAGAAGUCAAGAGGAAACUUGUACCAACUGUUACCACUGGAUGGAAGUUCUGGCCUGCUGUUCAAAUUAUAAAUUUCAAACUUGUGCCAACGCCUUAUCAAGUAGCAUAUGUCAAUACAAUGGGGACUUAACUCUACAAGAAGAAUUCUAGAACAGUCUUGUCAGUAAAAUUCUGUGUUAAUGCUGUUAACAAGAAAGAUGCUUGCGAAUAAUACAAUAGAAGUAGGAAAAAAUUGUUUGAUCGUCUUGAGUAUCAAAAAAUUAGCAUUGUAAAGUGUAACUAUCAAUCGAAUCAAUGA